CGGACGCCGAUCCAGCCCUUAAUCUCGUCCGUACUGCUGGUACUGCUGGUACUGCUGCAUUUCAUUAUUUGCUCGGUGCGUCAGCCACACGCCUGCAUCACCUCAGACGCCAGGCAGCGCGGCGGGCCAUCGGUAUCGGGUCUGCCAGCAGUGUGCACCCAGCAUUGCCUUUAUAGCAGCCUCAGCUCCCUGCAGAGCUCGAACUGCGAUACCUGCAGCUUGCGAAGGUCGCGAACUGCGAAACCUGCAGCUUGCAAUGGCCAGCAUGAUACUGCUGUGCACACUCGCAGCGUCAGCGGCAGCAUUGGUAGCGCCGCCGGGUCGGACGCAGUUGGCGCCGCGCGCCACCACGCGCCGCACGGCGUUGCCGAGCGACAUUGGUCUCGAGGACGCCUUCGACGGGCUCUUCGACGUGCUCGAGAACGCGUACACCUCGGGCGCCGUCGUGGACUUUACCUCCGCGGCGAGCGCCGCCGCCGACACCUUUGCAGCCGCUGACCCCGUGGUCCAGGCGGGCGCCGCGGCGGUAGCUUUAGCGGGCGGCGCCGCGUCCGUCUUCCGGCCGCCGCCCAAAUUCCCGACGAUCUACGGGUCGUGGUUCGGCGACAAGAUGAGCGCAGACAUGCGCGCAUGCAUUUCUGCCGGUCUGCGGAGCGGCCUCACGGCCAUGGAGGUGCGGACCAGUGCAUAAAUCAAAUUGUCGCGGCAUUUCUACUCACUGGUGUUGAUUUGCGCACAGGUGCGCACGCAAGCGCUGCCGAACCUCGACGAGGCCAAGUUCGGCACCCCCACCAAUGAAAAAUUUCAGAUCGAGUGCGCGCGGAGUUUGGGGUUGUCGAGCGGGCCGACGAAGCCCCAAUCUACAGGAAAAGUGGACGCCGGCGGCCUCCAGAAGUCCGUGAAGCGCUUCGACUCGAACUACAUGCUCGUGAAGCGCGACCCGGUCGCCUACGCCAACGUCUGGUGGGCCCAACGAAUAGCGCCGGCAUUAGGUUCCAGAAGGAAGAUCUGGGUCUUGCUCGCGGAAGGCCGCGUCGACACGUCGGCCUGCUCAAAGCUGCCGCGGAAUUUUGUGGUGAAACCGCUCGAGUCGAAGGACGUCCAGGUCACGUCCAGAGAUGCCGUGAUUGUCGUGGCGCCCGGCGUGACGCAGUCGUGGAAGAUCGGCUACGACCUAGCAACGAACGCGGGCGCCCCGGUCGUCUUCCUCAACUCCCAGCUCUCGGAACGGUACUCGCUCGGUGGGCCGCUGGACGACGUCGAGGAGGUCUACUACCUCAAGCCCAUCUCCAAGGGCUUCGUGUAUCGGGCCUACCCCGGGGGCUGGCAGUGCAUCCCUGCGUGGAAAUCAACCAGUGUGUCGGGUGCUCCGUCGAGUGGUGAGGAACCGGCCGAACGCGCCGUAAAAUUUGAUUUCCACACAGGUGCAUCCUUGACAAGCCGGAUGGGACUCAAGAGAAGCUCCAGGAGUACGCCGCGGGGGAACGGCCGACGCUCGGCGAGCUCUCGCAACUGA